GCUUCUAUCGUUUGACGUCAGUACUUCAGCUAUUGUUAUCUGACUAAUGUCAUGUCCUGUGUGUCUUCAUGUAGCUCUAGUUAGUGCUAGAGCAGCCCUCACUCUUCUGUGUUGUGGUUGCUGCAAGAAGACACGAAGGCAGCCUCACACACACAGCAGAUAUCUUUGCCAUAUCAACCUGCUUCCAGUGGCAAGAUAGGGACAAGUGUCUAGCAGUCUCUAGACCGUCUAGAGUGUAUUGUGCCUUCUGGUUACUGCUUAACACCACAGCUAAUCACAGCCACCAAGAACUCUCAGUGCUUCAUUAGUGAAUAGCGAUAGGUUAUACGAAUACAUAGUUCAAUAAUACCAGAGUGAUAAAAGAUACAAAAAUUUUCCAAGAAUAUAUUUUUUUCAAAUAUCACAAGCUAGAAAUAUGAUUUCUGUUAUAUUCACGGCCUCGUAAACAGGGAGGAUACUACGCAGUUGCCACUUGGUGACUUUCGUCAGAUAAUGCACGCAAAGCCAAGCUGACAACUUUCGACAUCAUUCGUGUCUUCAACCUCAACUCCCACAUAAGGAGUUCCUUGUGCUCGCCAUGGAUACUUAUGGAAACAAAGUCAAAGACGGCACUCUGCUCUUCCGGACUAAGGGUCCCUUCGGCAAGAAGCUGAAGGAGCACCAUGCUUUGCUCUUCGGCGCCUCUGACAGCGGCGUGGCACGUUUCGAACUGUAUGAGACAGCGAAAGCAAGCGUCUCGGGCCCCUCCUUGUUAGUUAUCCCCGCUUCAGACAUCAUCAAAGUGAAGGCUUUCACUGGAAACACCACAGAGGAGCUUAAUUCAUUUCUGAUCGCAACGAAGGAGCAACAGUACACGUUCAGUACCAAGGAUGCUACUGAGUGGGUGAAGGCUGUCCAGAAGACAUUAUUACAGCCGAUGCAGGCACAAGGACAACAGCAGCAGCAGCAACGAAAUUCUGCAAGCAACAGAGUUACCGUUGAAAACGAUAUCUAUGUGUCAGCUGAGGAAAUAUGUCGCUUGUAUAACGUGACGGUGAGUGCAGACACCCGUCAGAGGCUUGGAGUGGACGGCAAGGUGCAGCUGGUGGUGGAGAACGGCCACAUUACCAUCGUUUCCCUCGACGGCAAUAGAAUCGUCCGCUGGGGUAUUGAAAACCUCCGCCGCUUCGGCUACACCGACGACAACUUCCAUCUGGAGGCCGGCAGGAAGACUCAGUUUGGCGAGGGAGAGUUCGUUUUCUUAACUAAUUCGGGUAAACAGAUCCACACACUGGUGUCGAAGGAGAAAGAGAUAGCACGUCACAACGUAACAAACAAGUCUCAGUCGGUGCCCCCUGGCCAGGUGUUGCUACCUAAUACUCCCAACGCUGACCAAGACAUGCUCACCCUGGGUAGACACAUCUAUGAAGAGCUACCCAUUGUGAAGCCCGCAGUAUCCAGCACUGUGGUCAAGGACACUCGUGCAUCCAGCACUGGACAGAAACCAGACAAGCCUCCUAGAGCUGUGAAUACCAGGAGCUUCGAAACUGUUGUACCAGGGCCUCAAUUGCCCAACCUCAGCCCUCAGAAGAUAAUGAAUUUCUCAUACAACAACGGUCACAAUUCGCAAGCCAAUGUCCCUGUACAAGGAAAACAAUCGAAGACUCAUACGACUUGCCCUGCACCAGGGUGCGCCCCGGACAUGCUGCCUGCAGUCAAAGUCCUGCCUAAGAUUACUGGCAAAUAUCAACCAUCCACUGUGUCCGAGAAUGCUGUUUACUCCGAGCCUAUGGUUUACACAGAAGCCUGGAAGGAAUACAGUCGAAAUGAUGACGAGGUUGUGGACGAACCUGUAAACUGUGAAUACGACAAACUGAAACACUUCACGCCAUCCAACAAGGAGGUAAUGACAUCCUAUCUUGUUCUUUAUAUCAACAAACCUUACGUUUUUUUUUCUCGUUUGAGACUCGGGUGGAAACACGCUAUGUGCAGAUUUGGAUACGUAUACAGCAGUUCGAAUGUUUAUAAGAUGCUGGUCAACUGUUCAUCUACGACCAGUGUCGUGCUCGUUCAUCUACGACUAGUACCGUGCUCACUCCUCUACGACCAGCGUCGUGCUCACUCAUCUAUCUACGACCAGUGUCGUGCUCACCCAUCUAUCUACGACCAGUGUCGUGCUCACUCAUCUAUCUACGACCAGUGUCGUGCUCACUCAUCUAUCUACGACCAGUGUCGUGCUCACUCAUCUAUCUACGACCAGUGUCGUGCUCCCUCAUUUAUCUACGACCAGUGUCGUGCGAACCGUUGUUUUAAAUCUGAUAAUUAUGUAAAGAGGAACCUUGUUCAAUCAGAUGAAGCAGGAAACGAUGAUAAUGGGGAAGAUGGGACGAUAAAAGAGAGCAAGAGAAGAGUAAAUGUUGAAGGAAAUGGAGUAGUAAAAAACACUGAAUGA